AUGGGGACGUGCGGCCAGCCAGGGUAUGUUUUUCGGGAUUUUUGUCUUAAACAGGGUAUCGAAUUUAUCAUUUUUUGUCUUAAUCAGGGUAUCGAUUUAUCAAUUUUUGUCUUAAACAGGAUAAAUGUCUUAAACAGGGUAUCAAAAAUCGGAAUUCUGCCUUAAACAGGGUAGGAAAAUCAGCGAUAUUUGUCUUAAACAGGGUCAGGGUAUGCGGCGCCGCGCCGCACCUCCCCACCCAGGGAUAUAUCGAGUACCCCCCCGGGAUUCUGGUUCUUAAAACUUACAAAGCAAAUUCAAUUUAAGUAUUGUUUUCAACUGAUAUUGCGUUUAAAGCCUUUCUAACUGUCCAGGUGAAAAAAUAUAUAUAUUUAUUUUCUACAAUGAGCACAUUCCAGGCCCGAGACAUUCCUUUCCUGUAAGGAAUGACUUUUCACACGCAGAGCAAGACUCGCAAUAACAUAAAAAGAGACAUUGGCCGUCACAUUUUAAACGGUUUCAACUUCAACAAAAAGCAAAGAGAAACCUAGAAAGCCACCAAUCCUACCAUUUUUUGAAAAAGGCACUGGAAAAAGUGCAGUGAUAGCUUGAGAGACGUCUUUAUUUUAUGGAUGUACACACACUCUCUACCUCACGCUAGCUGUACAGACUGUACAGAGAGGGAGAGAGACUAGAGAUUUGCUAUUACGUUUUGGAAGGGAAAAAACUGAGCAAAAGGUUUAAACUUGAACCAAAAGUGAAGAAAAACCACAAAAGGUACUCAUCGCAGCAUCUUUCGAAGGACACGAUGAAAAAGCACAGUAGGGCAGCUUCAAACACAUCUUCAUUUAAUGGCUGCCUUUGCUUAACAUUCGUAAAAGUGGCGAAGUAAAUAAUUGAUCUGGUUUAUCGUCAUAACAACGAAAAUCGCCGGGGGAGUACUCCCUCACAUUUCCCUUAUAGGUGUUGAACUGAUUUAAAAUCUAGAGUUAAGAGCGAAUGCACAGAAAAAUCGAGCAAAAUCGGCAAAUCGUGGCCACAGCUCAAAACCUAACUUAACCUCAUUUUCAGUCUGUAAUAAGGUUUUAAUGAGUUUAUAACACUGCUGAGGUUUAAAUUUCAAAAUGCGGCCGAGUUUGGGAAUUAUUUAAGAUUUUCGAUUUCAACGGUCUGCGGGCCUAAAAUUAGCCGCCGAACACGGCAAUAUAGCCUAGCGACAGAAAUGAGCUGACUUUCAUAAACGAGCGAAUAUAUUGGCAAUCUUCCACUUAAAUCUCAAAAAGCAGAUAUCUAACAAUUUCUGAACGGCACAUUUUUUAGAUUUAGAGCAUAAAAUAUCGACGAACCAGCAGAAUUUUGAAACGUUAUUUGCAUAAUGCUUAUAAAUACAACAAUUUACCGCUAAAACCAAAAUCGAAUUUUCUAUAUGGGGGAAUUCUCCAAAUCACCCCAAAUCCCGCUUACUACCUAAUGAGAUAUAGUAAUUCAACAUUAUCUGAAAGUUAGUCUGGUGUUCUCGCGAACGCUUGUAAAAUAGAUUGAUUAUUUUGAGGUUAUUUUGCCCCAAACAACCGCUAAUUGACCCCAGGGUCAGUUGACACGUGCACGUCACCUUAGUUUUAUGCAUCGAUUUGAGCUCGUUAAAAGGGCGAAACUAACAAGAUUCUUUUAAUAUGUACCUGCUUUAAUGAAAUACACUCAAUCUUCAAAAGGAUAGGCAGUUCAAUGGGUAAUUUCUGCUCUUGAGAUCUUGUAGAUUGUACCAUGGCGUCUGCGAGUGGACCUGAGUCUAGGUCUGUUUUCCCGUGACUGCGAAAUCAGAAUAACAUCAAGAAAUAAUUCUCCCUCGAAUCUUCGUAAGUGAAUCAGCUUUGCAGUGCCUUACCUGAGAUAAAAAGUCGGCCGAAUAGCAAAACAUUUGUAGCGCAAUUUGCAUCCUUUGUGGAACGCAGUGUAUUGCUGAGCGAAAGGUGAGUAAACAAACGUAGGAAAGUACGUUACCUUUGAUUGCGUGACCAGCCAGUAAACGAUACUCUCCAGCGAAAAAUAGGAUUCGCAAAAAUCUUGCUGAUGUAUAUUUAACAGUUUGUUACUAUAAAUUUACACCUGGUUUGUCUAAAACUUUAAACAAUGCAUAUCUGUCCAAGAGUAUAAGAAUGUUUCGAAAGAUCCACCCCUAAAUAACUGUGGGCUUCUCCUUUUUCCCCAUCACCGAUGUGCACUUCCUUCCCACUGUCUUUUGCAUGAGGCUUGUAUGCCUUUUUAACUGUUAUCGACACUUAAAACUGGCCGUUUAAGGCCUGGUGUAAGAACUUGACUGACUUAAAAAACCGUCGCGAACAUGCGCUAUUAUUGUUGGACUUUGGAAGCUUUAAGCCCAAAAUGAUGUUGCAAUCUCGAGAAAUUUUCCGGGGUCUAAUUAUAAGACAGGGAACGGGUACUAAGAAAGGGACGGUCUCAUUUAGCAACCCGUGGACAAUCUGGGCAUGCUUGCCUUCUGUCGCAGGGGCAACCGUUAAGGCCAGGUACGCCGCCCCCACCCGAGAGGAUUGCAUGGCAUCCACCAUUUCAGUCGCUUUUUUUACGUCAUGACCUUCAAUUAUUAUGAAUUAUAAUGCGGGCCUUGAUCGUUGCCACCUUACCAGAAGUCUAAUCUUCGCACUGUUAGACCAUGAGAAUCUCUAUUAUUAUUCCAUAAAUGCACCAUUGACUUUUCCUUGCUCAGCUUCCAGUAAACCGAUACUCCGAAGCAAAAAUAGCUUUACAACGACUCUAUCCAGGCCAGAACUCCUGAUAUCAACAAAUCUACCCCCUCUAAAGAGAGCAAACGUUCCCCGAACUAUUCACUUGACCCACCCCAUCCCUUCUUUAAGAAAAACUACGCACUCAGUUCACUGGACAAAACGCGCUCGUGAAUAUACCAAACUAUAGCCGUUCAUCCUACAAGCAAUCUCAGUUUCAGCAGGCGUGGCCACGUUUCCACUUGCUGUAAGAUUAAUUCGACACUUGCAACAGACACUGUAAAUUAAAUAGAGUGUUUUCACUCACGUGGCCAGCAUCUAUGCAAAUUUAUUGGAACAAAAGAUAGCGUUUGCAUAAGAAAGGAGUUCAACUCCCACAGGAUUGGUUUGGGACACAACAUGGCCGUCGUUUCAUUGUUUUGGGACACCAAUAUGGCCGCCGUGACGUCAUGUGAAAACACUCUAUACCUUGAAACCGUCAGGACGAGAAAGUUUAUAAAAGACUUAACAGAUGUACGCGACGGUUUCCUUUUCUUCCUUCCCUCCCAUUGUAGCACUCAAAUUCUGACCCUGAUAUUAAUUCUAGUAGUAAUUAAUCGUUCCUGAGCCGAUAGGCACAAGGAUACCAGUUUCUUGCAAAAUAUGCUGUGACAUCCGUUUGCUCAUCCCCUUUUCUGCCUUCGGUCGCUGAUUAGGUUUGGUUCUGUACUUUGAAAUAACUUUAGGAACGAAACAUGAUACGUGAGGGGCGUGUCCGGCUAAGGGCAAGUGACUCUCGGUGGUGAAGACAUAUACUGAGCUUGUCAGUAUUUCGUAGCCUGUGCCACGUCGCGAAAAUAGAACAAGCCAAAGAAAAAUAAGACGCCUUUCUUUCCCCAGCCCCCGCAGGUUUUUCGCAUUACUUUUUACUGCACAACUGAUUCUACCUUUUCGAGCCGGAGCGAACAUGGACGCCCUCCACUUCAUUUUCCGCACCUGACUAAACGAAAUCGCUGACUUGUGCGCCUAUGCUUCGUUUGCACUGAAGUAGCAGUAUAUGACCACGAAAGACUUGCUGCUAUCCUUGGUUUGAAACCGCAAUGGGCAAGAACAAUUUCUUGAAAAGGGCAAACUAUUUCCUCCUUAGCAGACAUGGAGAACAACUACUAGGACUUAAGCAAUGCCAUUGCUUAAGUCCUACUAGACUUGAAAAGAGAAAGCAUGAUGCUUUCUCUUUUUUAUGAUUUACGGCUAAACAGUACAAUUUCAUGUAGCUUUUACGCAAAAUUAAAUACUUAGUUGUUUGCAGAAAUUGCAUUUAACAACAAAUUACAGAAAUUUAACUAAGUUUAGAUCUCAUAGAUAAGAAUUGAACGGAAGAAACUUUUGGGGUAAAAAAGUCAAAAAAUGUUUGCUGGAAAAUCACUUAAUGGACAUAUAUACAUAUACAAUAGCAGAGAUAUCAUGCCUGCAAUUUUCCGUUCAAUGCACCUUAUGAAAAGUCUGACUAAUCCACUGGUAACCCAUGCCUUAAAACCGCCUGGAACCUUAAAAUUUAAUCCAUUUGCCUUUCAUGCGUGGUGCAAAUAUUUCCUCUGAACACUCCGGGGUUGGGGAUAAAAUCAGAAGAACAGAACAUUCAGUUACUGUACCAUUUUAAAAAGUUGGACAGUAUGUUUGCUAAUCAUCUUAGUUAACCGCUUUUAAAGUAGGACAAAGGGACACCUGGUCAUACAGGAAAAUGAAUUUACUGUAUCCCGAAAGCUUUGGUGUCUUUGGUUUCCCGUGCACUUCUUUUUCGCAGGAGACAAUCGAUAAUUGCUUGGUCACACAAUCGGAGGUGAGUAAGUAAUUAAAAGUCACUGAUACCAUCCCCGCUUAGCAAAUACACUACGUGCUGCAAAGGAUCCAAAUUGCGCUAGAAUGUUUUCCUAUUCGGCCCACUUUUUAUCUCAGGUAAGACACUGCAAAGCGGAUUCAUUUACGAAGGUUCGAGCGAGAAUUAUUUCAUGAUGUUAUUCUGAUUUCGCAGUCACGGGAAAACAGACCUAGACUCAGGUCUACUCGCAGACGCCAUGGUACAAUCUACAAGAUCUCAAGAACAGACAUUACCCAUUGAACUGCCUAUCCUUUUGAAGAUUGAGUGUAUUUCAUUAAAGCAGGUACAUAUUAAAAAAAAAUCUUGUUAGUUUCUCCCUUUUAACGAGCUCAAAUCGAUGCAUAAAACUAAGGUGACGUGCACGUGUCAACUGACCCUGGGGUCAAUUAGCGGUUGUUUGGGGCAAAAUAACCUCAAAAUAAUCAAUCUAUUUUACAAGCGUUCGCGAGAACACCAGACUAACUUUCAGAUAAUGUUGAAGUACUAUAUCUCAUCAGGUAGUAAACGGGAUUUGGGGUGAUUUGGAGAAUUCCCCCAUAUAGAAAAUUCGAUUUUGGUUUUAGCGGUAAAUUGUUGUAUUUAUAAGCAUUAUGCAAAUUACGUUUCAAAAUUGUGCUCGUUCGUCGAUACUUUAUCCUCUAAAUCUAAAAAAAUGUGCUGUUUAGAAAUUGUUAGAUAUCUGCUUUUUGAGAUUUAAGUGGAAGAUUGCCAAUAUAUUCGCUCGUUUCUGAAAGUCAGCUCAUUUCUGUCGCUAGGCUAUAUUGCCGUGUUCGGCGGCUAAUUUUAGGCCCGCGGACCGUUGAAAUCGAAAAUCUCAAAUAAUUUCCAAACUCGGCCGCAUUUUGAAAUUUAAACCUCAGCAGUGUUAUAAACUCAUUAAAACCUUAUUACAGACUUAAAAUGAGGGUAGGUUAGGUUUUGAGCUGUGGCCACGGUUUGCUCGAUUUUUCUGUGCAUUCGCUCUUAAGAUUUGGCAAACCAAACAACACACCCCACUAACAAUUCCCAGGAAUACGCCCCCGGAUUGCUCGAUUAAUAAUUCAUAGAGGCCGAUUACUGAGCAAACAAAUAUGCAAAAAUUCCGAUGGGUACUUGCUCACAUUUGCCUUAUGGAUAUUCUGAAAUAGAGUACACAGUGAGUAUGUAUGAAAACGAAAAGUUUACCGUGACUAAAACAGACAACCACCUUCCCAUUGAUCCCUAUCCCCGAGCCUCAUUGAUUGCACUGAGACUUUAAAUAGACGAUCCCAAUUUGCUGUCUACAGUCUACAUGAAAAAGCGUUAUUAUUUUUCCACAAGAUAAAAAUAUUCAGUUUUUAAGAUUUUUCUCUUGUAAUUUUUCUUCAACUUAAAGGAAUUAAAUCCUUUGCAUUUUGCGCCUUAAAAGAGUUUCAAGACUUCUCGCUCGCAUGUUGUUGGUACAAAAAAUAUUCGUGCAAAGAAAAAUCGUCUGAAAUUAAAAAAGAAACAAGUUGUGAGAACAUCGUUUCUCGGUCCCAGACCUCCUAUCUCCCCCCCCCCUCCCCCCGGUGUUCGUCUUUCUGUACGGAAGACCGAAAAACGAAAUUAUGACUUGGCGUGCUCCACAGGCAGCCCAAUAAUUAGAAAAGGAAAAAAAACCUAUGGCACCCUAUGCAGGGUAAAUAUCUAGUCUUCCCUAUAUUUAGCAUCGGUAUAUAUAGUCCAAGAUCCCUCGUAUGACAACCCAUCGAUAUUCAGGGGGGAAAGUAGGGACUAUUUUCAGUCUACUGAGUUUUUAUUAUGAUAAGUUAUCAACAGCCACUGGCCAGUUAUCUUACAGCUGUAACUCACAAUAUUAACAACAACAACAACAACAACAACAACUAUUUCUGGUACUUAGCGUACAAAGACGAUAAAAAAUGGGUACUGAUUCACGGAUUUAAAAUCGAGUUGCUUGCGAUAAACUGUAGUUAAAAUAUACGUCAAUUAAAAACCUCACAGGGUAAAUGUGAUCCUUAUCGCUCGCAUUUCUCUUAACAAUGCUACUCUUAUAAUAAGUUAAACUAAUUUUGAGAAAAAGUAAAACAAUCUUUCUUAAAACCUUUCACACAAUCUCAGGAAGCAGGAAAAUUGAUACCGAGCGACUCGACAUUCAAAAUAGAGGCGAGAAAUGCUCUUAGACGACGUUGCACAAAACCUUCUUCAAAAUAAAUAAGUACUUUAUUUGCCACCCUGUGCAGGACCAGAGGCUCCUUUUAUCGUUACCUUGAUUGAAAGGGAGAAAAAGAGGCUCUACCUGAAGGGCAUCGAGCCUUUGAACCAGCCGCAGCCCGAACUUCUCGACUGGUCAGUCAAUAUGACUUGUUUACAAACCGGUGUUUGUAAUUUAGCCCCCUGUACCAAACGCUUGGCUAUUACGCCUCGCGAAACUGUGUUCGAGUAAUAUGAAGCAAAUGCUCAACAAAGAUCUUACUCUGUUGAUGAACAGUCUUCCUCGAGUAGGCCAAAAUCAAGUGAAACUAGCGUUUAAUUUUUAAUUAGCUUUUAGCUACAGUUUUCCUCUUUUUCCCUUGUUUGUUACACUUCUUUCUUUCCCCAGUUUCUUUGCUGUCAUCGUCAUCCUCGUUUUGCUUCAGGAUAAAAUUGUCAGCUUUUUCUCCUGUUUCCUUUUCUGUUUUUCUUAGUCGUUUGAUAAAUGUGGCUUCCAGACUGACAAGAAGUUUCUUUUUCCAGGGAAUUUCCUCUUUCUUUAUUCUCUCUCGAGUAUACAAAAUUUUAUCGCUCAGUUCUCGCACUGUUAGUUUUCUACGAACUGGCUGGGUUUUCUUCUUUGCAUCACAAAUUUCGUCGCAGUCUGUUGAUGGGCAUUUUAUCUCUAUUGUUAGGUCUUUCGAUGGCGUAGAAAGAUAUUUCCAAAGAGUCCAUUUAUUAACCUUGUUUAACUCAUUCGGUUUGCUUUCGUUUUCCUGUUCCAUAGUAGAAUCAUUGUCCUGCUGAUACUCAAUGUCUUUUGGAUCGUCAACUUUAUUCAUUUCAGGGCUGUUUGCUUGAGUAGUCUUAAAGGUUUUCGACUCGUCACUGUCAUCUACAUCAGAGGUCAGCUUGCGCAGGAGAUCCUUCCAGUAUUUUUUAUCGUUCAAGGAAAACAAGUCGCUUUCUUGUUCUUUCAAGCUUUCGUCGUUUGUUACAAUGGAAUGCACGGCCACAAUUCUGGGCAUAGCACAGUGAUCAAUGGCAUAGCCACCACACCCUGAGUCGAUUUUGUCCAAGUCUUUACCAGAAGGGAGGGGUGGAAGGGUCCGUGAUUGAGACAUUGGCUGCUCGGCUGGCUCAUCUUUCAAACUUUGGCUAUUAACACUGUUUGAAUAAUCAUUUGAGACAACUGAUAUUUUCACUUCGUGAUUUUGAUGCUCAAUUUCGGGAAAGUUAAGGGCAGUUUGUUGAAGACUAGCUGAGCUAAUGUCUUUCCUGUGAAGUUUUGGUUCUUCCACGGCUUCUUGAUCAUGUGAUUUUUGAUCGUUAACCGCUGUUUUAUUAUUCAAAAUGCGGCUCAUGUUUGGUCUGGUGUUGUUAAAGCUGACAUGACUUUGCGAUAAUGCAGUCCUCCGCUUCUGCAGUUCACUCAAACUAAUAGGCCCUAUGAUUUGAGGACCAUUGGGUGACACUGAACUCGUUACAUUUCCAAACUGACGAACCUUUCCACCAACGGUAACCUGGUUGUUAGUCACAUGCGGCGAUUUUUUGCCCUGGUCACGUGACAGGUCACGAUGCGUCAAUACACCUGUCUGAUUUGCAUCUAGAUACUUGGGUAUGUAUCCUGUAUUAUCACAUGACAACGGCUGGUUUUCCUGAAAAUGCAGCAUGCUACUGUCACUAUUGCAUCCCCUCUUGCUGAUAUUUGGCUGUUGUUGAGGUAUCCUCUCAAUUUUCAUGGUUACUUGUGACUGAUCUAUCAACGUUUGUUGACGAAUUUCCUUGCGAGUUGAGGCUAACCCGAUUAAGCUUUCACUUGAAUUCUUGUAAGAUACGGGUUCCCAAUGUCCUGAUUUUGGCCCUGGCCCUUUUUCGUUUGAUGAGACAAAGUUCACCUUUGCUUCGUGUUCGUGUCCAUAUCGCCCACUAAUCGUAGGGCUGCAUAAGUCAACAUGACCAUGCUCUACUGAUUUGUCCCUCAAAACUGGCUCGCAAAGCACUUCGCUUUGCUUUUUUGUUCUGUAAGAAAAAUUUUCCGGUUGGAGAUUUUGACACAAAGACUGUGACGUGGAAGUCUGAAUUUUUGGAGCAUCGAAUGACUUUGAUCUGUGCCUUUCGAGAUUUGUAUUAGGUUGCGGAUAGAACUUCAGUUGCGGGUGAACUGUACCAUUUGACAAAUGCCUUUGCUGGCCAUUCUGAAUUAAACGCUUAGGAACCAUUGUUUUCCUUUCACAACAAUCCUUAAACAAAGGCACUCUAUACUCUGCAUUAUGAUCUUUCGGUUUUGUUUCGUAGAAAUCAUCACCGUUGUCGCAGCAUGUAUCUCGUCGCUCAGUUAUAGGAAAGGAUCGGCUCCUCUUUAGUCCUUCUUGUGGCAUAAUUUGGCCUUCCUGGGGCAUACUCUCAUAAUGUGAAUGUCUACGUUUAUUAACUUUGUAGUUAUCAUUCUGUACGAUAACACUGCGUUGUUUCUCUUUCCUAAGCCCUGUUGUCUGACCCAACCGCUGCGCAUUUUCUCCUGUGGCCAAGUGAAAGCGUUCAACGGUAUGUUGUAGCGGUAAUUGUUGCUCUACUUGUUUUUCCACUUGUCUGUUACUACAAAGCUUCUUCUCGACCCCUGGCGUUGACUUACAGCUUUUUUGUGUGUCGUUCAGUGAUGUCCAUUUAGCAUUUAGGCUGCCAUUUCUUGGUUCAGUUUCAAAUUCAUCCGGCCCGAUAAAAUUUUGAUUGCGUUGCUCAAUAUCCGCGUUUCUUUCAUCUGAAAACUUUUUCAUAAACUCACUCCUGUAACCGCCGUUGGAUAUUUUGCGAUGUGCCAUGGAGCAGUCGACUACAGGAACUUGUAUCUUAGAAGUAGGCUCUCUGUUUUUGGAUACAUGUUCUUCGGUUAACACAUCCUUUUCGUAUGUUUUCCUUCCAACAAGCUUUUUCAAAUGCAGUUGUUUUGACUCUUUCUGUUUGAUGCAUGUUCUUAUAAGAGGGGGAGGGGAGGGAAGGGGUUUCCGUGCAGCUGUUUCUUUUUUCCCAGAGAUGUCAGUCGAACCCUCUGUACUUUUCGGCAAAUUAUCUUCAACCAUUCGGGGCCUCUUUUGUGGAGAGUAAUAAUGAUCCACAGAGCGCCAGACGCGGGUACAACAGUUGUAAAAGUUCACGUGACAAGCGGGACGGUGGUAAUGGUUUCCUUGUUGGUAAUGGACAGCGUUGCCUGUUUCCAGUGGCGCACAGAACGUUUGUCUAACAGGCCAAUUGUAGUCUCUUACCGAUGUACCAGGAAAAUACGUAUGACGGAAAUCAUCCAGGACUCUUCUUUCGGGACAGAAGGUGGGCAAGCAUGAAGCAGGUGCGUAAGUUUGAGGUUUUGUGAACGCUGAUUGGUUAUUAUUGAAUGGCAAUGGGUGGCACGUCAUCUGUCCCAUUGUAGCUGGGUAGGUGUGAAACUGAUGCAUUCUUGGAGUCACUUGGCUACCACCUGUAGAAGAAUAUGAAAGUCAAUAAGCUAGCUAUAUAAAAAUACAGUUUCUUUCAUUUUUCAAUAUGGAAUAAGGCUUGCAUUUGCAUGAACACGGGAAUAUAAAGAGGAUAUUACAUGGUCGGUUAAAGAUACAAAAUUUUUCUCUUCUCUUGUUGAAAAAGAUCUCACGAGUGAGCGCAGCGAAGAGUGAAAUAUUUUUCAGCUAUUUCACGUCUCCAAGCAGCCUUGCAAUUUUCUAUUUAUUAUGUAACCACCAAUGAAGUAAUAAACUAUCUCAUAUGUAACGUAUUUGUGCUGCAAAAGGCCAGCUUUAUCACGUGACCAUAGCAAGGGUGAACUUUUUUUUGGCAGGUUUUGAAGAGAACAUGUGUUUUUCAGUUAUCAUGACAAGCAAACGAUGUUUUUUACACGUGAAGAAAAUGAUAGGUCAAAUCAGAAUCGCGAACGAUUUUUUUUCACUUGCGGAGCAUGAGUUUUGCGCCAAGGUUCCCGCACCUUUUCAGGUGCUUGCAGCUUCCUUGCUUCGCAGUCAUUCGACGAGAAAAUUUCUUGAGUCCAUAACGGAGAGAUUUUCUCGCAAAAAAGUGAACAAUUAGUCCGGAAAUUGUAAUAGAAUGACUUGUAUAUUUCAUUGGCACUGAAGAGAAUCAUUGUACAGAGCUUGCAAAACAACAGUAGAAGGGCGGAAAGUGAGCUUUACUUGUAGCUGGCCUCUGUUUAUAUAGCUAUUAAGUCAAACCAGCCAUUAUACCCAAAUUCAUUCAUUUUACGCAGGCAAUGGUUUUUUUUAUUACCUUAGGACUACUUGUAAUUCCUUGAACCUCCUAUCGUCCUUACCCUCGUUAUAAUGUCUACUAUAGUUUUUGAUCUGAAAGGCGACGUCGUUUUCUUUUAUUUCGUUUCACGAUGUUUGGCGGCAGUUGUUUUUAGUAUUUUUUGCACCUUGGAAAUAAUUAAGAUAAAAAGGUGACAGACAAAACCACAUGCAAAGUGCUUUCGGCACGGUCGGUGCGUUCUUUUUGUAUCAGAAAUCUUACUCGUUCCCUGCGAUCACUCGUUCGAUUUCGGACAGGUCAACAACUCGCGCGUAAAUAGCGUACCCAUGCGCACACUUCUUUCCAUGAAGUAUAUAUCUUACUUCAAUACGAAAUAGAUCGCAAAAAAAACACAUACCAAAAAUAGUAAGUAGCGUGAAUUUCAAUGCACAUGUAAACUGAAGCUUACAGUUAUAUAUUUUAAAGUAAGACCUACAAACAGGAAAGAGCAGCGAAAAAAUAAUACACUAAGGUGCGAAAAACAAAUACACUAGGGUAUAAAUAAAAAUUGUUCUUGGAUCUCGGUUGUCCUUAACAAGGUUCAGUUUAUUUUAUUUUCCGUAAACAUCGUUAAAUUCCGUGUACAAGCACAAGCAACAAUCCAGUAGACAGAGAAAAUAUAACUAAACAAUGCGGAUUAAAAUUUAUAGACUGGAAACAAAUUUGAGCCUUAAGGUUAAAGAAACCAACUUGAAGUUGUUUUGAGUUCGCCUUUAGCUAACUAAGAAAAAUGAAUUUACAUUGGCUUUACGGCUUCAAAGUACUUUCUUUUAUAUGGUUUGAACCGGAGCGCUCUAGAACCAGAGUACAAAGAACCGUUGGCGUAACUCCGAUAUCGCGCGAGACAGAAAAUCCUUUCUUAUACACCACUCCCUGCUAUGCUUAUACUGAUAGAAAAGAGGUCUGGAGUUUUAAUAACAGCGUGAAGUAAAUUUCUCUUUUGCUUAAACUUAUUCACUGCUCGGUACACCUCUUGAAUUCGACUGUAAUAACGCUGAAAUAUUUCGGUUAACAGGCUACCUUGAACUGAGUAUGAAAUUCUUCUUAACAACUUAUGUUUCCAAAGACAGUAACAUUUUUGAGAAGAAGCCAAACUUUCCACGACUGUCGACAACCGGCUCUGUAAUGCAAACUCUUGGAAACCCCCCUUUGGACUUAUAUAGUAGAAAGUAAAAGUCGGCCAUUGACUGCUGGCAAAACGGCACUCAAUAUUUUCGACAAAACAAGACGAAACUUCUUGGAAAAGCAAGUGGAACAUAACUCAGUGACCAUAAUUUACCGUGUAUCCAAUGGGAUGCGUUCCCCGAUACCAUUUGUUGUGCUGUAGCCACUUUUCUGAAGUGGUCUCCUAGCUGAGCCAUCAGCAGCUUUUACUAAAGAGCAACAGAUUAAGCCUAACGUAGUGUACAAAAUGCUCUUCCAAAAUAAUCAACGUAAAUAUUGGCACAAACUUAAAAUUUUUCGCGCGAACUGUUUACUUGAGCUUGAGUUAAAUUCACAGCUGAUCAAAUGCUAUCUUUCUAAUUAACUGAAAUGCAGCUGUCGUAUUUCUCAGAACAAUGUGUUUUUCCGAUCUUAUUGGUGGAACCGCCUGAUGCCUUUAGAAAAUGGCAAUGACGACAUUAUGUACACUGAAUAGUUUUUUGACAAGUUAAUAAUGACCGCCGUAUUAUGAUCGUGUUCGUAAUUAUCUUUUGCAGAAAUCAAGAUUUAUUUCUAACACUGUUAAAAUCGUUCUCCAAUCACAUCGAAGUAGUUACUGGUCAACGAAGACACGCAGUAGUUAGCAAUCCUGCGUCAAAAUUAUUUGCAGUCAGAGGUGGAGCAGAAAUUACAAAAUAUGUACUUACUCUUUCAAUUUCUUUUGAGAGAUCCUUUUCUUAGCAGUAAUUUAGUCUGUUGAAAUUAUGCCUAGUUAAAAUUUGCAGGCCACACCAGUCCAAUCGGAAAGAGAAUUCCACUAUUAAUCACGAUUAUCCAGCCACAUCAGUUUAUUCUUAAGUGGUAUGCAUGGCUGUGAGGGGUGUAAGUAAAAAUUUCGAGAAAAGACUAAAAUUUCAUUUUCAAAAUGACCGGUCUGACCAGCCAGUUCUGACUUUUGAAAAGCACCCGUAAGUUAACGUGAAGCAAGAACGAUCACUGCUGGGUCACAUAAAUGCCCAAAAACACACUAAAAAAAAAUAACGAAAAUUGUCCGCACGCCUUGCAAUAUUCCAGCAAGCUAUCACUGACGAAAUUAUAGCACACACAACAGGUGUAUAUCUACAAUAUUCGAUCAUUAUUACGCCUAAAUAAUUGUCAAUUUUCGAAUUUCUUAUUGGGUUAACGUUAAACUUUACAGAUUGUCGUUGUCAUUUACAUGUUUGUGGACUUAAAGAUAAACUAAAACGUUUUCAGUUUCCAUGAGCAAAAUUUUAAUGAAUUAGGAACGUCAUGUGCAAACACUCAUCAAAGCUCAAUUAGAGCUUUUUUCGCCUGAUAAUUAUUAAAAAAAAUUAAGCUGACGCCGUUGGCUUGCAGCUGUCUAAUGUUUGAAAAAGCAUGAUGUUAAUUAUAAUGAAAUAUUCCCAGCUGUCCAUCUUAUAGUAUCUUAUUCGCUUCUUUCUAAUUAAUAAUUCCGCAGAAAGUAACCAAAGAUGGGAUGAGUUUGCUGCAUUUUUUGGCAUAGUUCUCAGCACCGUGUACAAUGAAAACCUUGAGCGCCAGUUGGCAAAGAGAGAGUUGGCCGCACGGCAAAUUAUCAGUAGUGCCAUUCAAAAGUAAUUUUGUUUAGGUAGGCGAGAGGCAUUUUAAACGAACGAAAACUAAUUAUUUUGUUGGUUUCUUAUUAUGUUUGUUUACUUUUUUGUUUUUGAUUCGUUUCCUGUAUGCCUUUUCAGCGUUGACUGAUUUUGGGUCCUCUUUGGGGGCAAAGGUCUUUAUAAGUGGAUCAAAUAAAGAUUAUUUAAUAAUAAACUAUUAGUCAGAAAAACGAACCAUUUUUAGCUGAUUACAUUAUUUUACAUCUUGAUUGAAGCCAAUACUGUUUAAAGGGAUUUUGUAAAACACUUAACAAGAAAUGAGGCCAACGCAGUUACAAAUGGUUUGACUAACACUGACUAUACAUAGUCUGCAAUCCAUGUCUCCCGAGUACUUCCGAAGUUUACAAAAACGACACUAAACGAAAUUCGGAAAUGGCGGCAAGAGUAUAAAAUUUAAAUACAUAUUUUAUUAAAUCCGGAUUUUUCUCUUUGCUUUGUAAUGUCUCUAAAUAAAUACUGCAUUGAUUUAUUUUCGUUUUGCGUGAUAAAUUAUUCUGUGGUGUAGCAUGAUUUUUCUAGAUUGAAAAUUUAGAACUUUGAGCUGACCUUUUUCUAGAAAAAAAAAACGUAUGUUCUCUGUUGCUUUAAUCUUUCUUCUCUUUCAGGCUUUGUCUUUUAUUUUCUGUCUUGUUUGCUUUCUCUUUUUCCUUACAUCUCUAUUUUUUCCUCGUGUUCUUUGACUUUUGUGUCUUUCUUUAACCAAAACGCUACCCUUGACCGACUCAUAAUUUGCUCAGCUGCUAACGAGGCAGUGGGCUGAGCAAAAAAACGUCAACAAUCUGAGGCAUCGAUAAAACUUGCGUGAGGUACUUUCGUGUCCAACUAAGUCUCACCUCUAAUCUCACGCUUAGAAGUACAAUUUAAGUACCCCGAAAGUGCAUUUAGUGAGCUGGUUAUAGUCCUUAACAAGUACAUUUUCAAAGUGCCAAUAAAACAUUCGCUGUUUUGAUAACUGGUAAUCUCGAUAAAGAAAACAUGCAAUUGUCUUCUAACUUUGGCGACUGCGGACAAUAUCCUAAGGCUCGUGUCCAUUCAGAUGAAAGCUCUUGGGCAGUACUUUAAAAAAGAACAAUUCGGUUUUCAUUUUUUUUCUUUCCGACGAUGAGAUUUAAGAUUUUUUGCGGUUGAAUGAAUUAACUCGAAUAAAAGAUAACAUCUAACCUUCAAUAUUGAACAGUCUUCUUGUCUCAGUGUAAAUGAUCUUCCACUACCGCGUUGAAGGUCGUGAAGGUUGUUGAAAAUUAUCACGGGAAAAUUAUAACUGGAGCAUUCGCUAAGUCGAUAUACAAAUCAUCUGACGGUGAUUAUUAACAAAUUUUAGCCACCCUUAAUUAAAAAUGGCGCAACGACAUUUGUAACUCCUUGCUUCAAUAAAUCCCGGCAGAGGCACUGUAUUAAUGAAUUCAGAACGGUCAAUUUAGAUGUGAGGAGACAGACCAGAAAAAAAUCUAUUGAAUUACAGUGACUUCUGCGACACAAAUAUUGUCUUUAACUUUCAGCAGAAGACGUGGUGUAAACAGUCAGCCACAAAUGGGUACACAUCAUGCUAAUUUUGUUACUACAAAAACGUGCAAUGCAAUUAUUCACUAUAUAACACCGACUAGGGUUUGUCAAGACGCAAAGAGGUGUUUGUUGUUUCAAAAUUCUCUUAUUUUUUUCCCGGCGGUCGGUAGUGUUUUCAAGAAUCAGGGCUAGGAGACAUGAUGCACUUUUCGUGACUUGAUAUGAUACCGCACGAUCAAGACCGUAAAUAACAACGUACAAGGCAGCGCCGUAGCUAGUAUGAGGCCAACCGAGGCACUCGCCUCGGUAAAAUUUUGACGAAUUUCGCCGAUCAUUUUUAUUUUACAUAAGCGAUCAUCGGAUAUUUUUAACGCAUCAUGAUAUUACAAAGAAUUCAGCAAUUCAGUCAAUAUACUAUGAAAAAAUUACCAUAUCAUCGAUCUCAAGGGGCUACGUACGUUAACUCAAAUUUUUUAGCAAAAAUUACGUCGUUUGCUUCUUAAUACUUUUACAGCCUUCGUAGCAUGUGAAUGCCCCGGUCAGUCCGGCGAAACCGAGACCCUGUUUAAUAGUCUUCUGUUUUAAGAAAGCAAUAUUUUUUGUUAGCGCGCUUGCUUUCUUGGACCCAGUUUCUACGAACGCGCUAAUCUAUAAUAGAAAGUUUAAAACACAUAAAAGGCAAUUUAAACCAAGGCAGAGAUAAAAUUGAACCGCGACAUGUAAUAUGAACAAGUAAUGCACUAUAUACCCUGUCCUUAUUUUGGUUGCCGGAUUAUAUGAAUGAAUGAAUACUUGGAAACUUGAAUUUUUUAGGGUGUGGUGGGGACAAUAACACAGCAACUUUUCAAGGAUUCAGUGUAAUUCGACCUAUAAUUUGAAUUUAUAAAGCACCUCCUGAUUUUUUUUGCCAUUUUGAUAAAAACGCCAUUAAGCGUAGUUUCUGUGCUGCACUUUUUUGCGUUAUAAUAUGUUAUGAUACAACAGUGUUAGUAGUAAGAAUGAUGAUGAUAAUAGGGGUGAUAAAAUGUCUUGUAUGUAACAAGUACAUGAUAACAGCUACCACUUACUGAUUUUUAAAUAAUAUUUCAAGUAGCUAUCAAAGACUCCAUGCUGUUUAGACUGUAUAUUUAGUGAUGGAAUUCCAGUUUUACCUUUUCACACACUAUUAAAGUCAGAUAUUAAAAGCAUUUGGUGAAUCUCGUUCCAUUGAAAAAUGAGUGACCAUUCCGAUUAAAUCUGCCAGUGUUCUUAUACCUCAUGAGCUGUUUACUUUAAUUUUAGGAAUUCUUUUUUUCAGAUGCCUUGCGGGAUUUGUUGAGUUUUGAUUCUACUUAAAAGGUAGCCGAGUAUUUUGAAAAAGCGACAUUAAACUGCAAAAAAAAAAAUUCUGCACAACCAAAUUAAUCAAAAUUUGGCCCAAUGUUAGAAGGACUUUAGUAACGUGAAAAAAGAAUUCUACCUAAAGUCAUAGCAGUAGUAAAUUCAGUAGUAUAGUCAACUGUUUAAAACUAAGAAUCAAGCAAACCCUAGAAUGGUAAACUACCGAAAUGGUGUAGUACUUGCCCAGACUGAUAGAUCUAGUUAUUUUCAACACCAACCGCUCUGCUAAACACAUUCCAGCUGACCUUAAGUCUUUUUUAAUAACAGUGGCAUUCACUUCUUUUGAAAUUGUUCGAUCACGCCUUGCGGACAUUGUUUACUCUUUACAGGCACUGAGCAACAGAACUGUAAACGCAAUACGUUUAUGAUGUUUACUAGGUAAAAGAGGAACUCAUCUAAUCAGUGUAAGGAUAAGUUACAGCUCGAUCAGGGACAAUACUAAGAGAUUUAGUCUCGGUCACUGCAAUUCACGAUCAAUACCCCGUGCAAUAAAUGCAAAUAGCAUGUGCAACAUACAGUCAACGAUUUCAAGGAAUUUACAUUUUUGCGACUUAAAAAACAAGAGUCGGCUAUGUUUCCCAUAUACUCCGCAGUACCAGCCCUUGUCGCUACCUCUCCAGGAGUUUUGGUGAAAUAACUUGAUUACCACAUUCUCCGACCCGAGCAUUGCUGACUCUUCAUACUUCCCAUGAAAAUUAAGCAAGCAACACAAGUCAAACUAAUCGAAGACAGCGCUUCCAGAGUUAUUAGUUUCAUACCCAGACUAAAAUUCCCUUAGGCUAAAUAAAUCAUAGGGAAAAAAACCGAUCGAUUCCUUGUUAUUAAGGUUUUAAAAAAUACCAAGAAGUAAGGGUUUCAUCACAAGAACGAAGAAAACAUUAUCAACUUUGGACAUCACACUUAAGUUGAGCUUCAUUUUUACAGUAUAGCCUAGUCUCGGAUUGUGUUCGGUAAGGCUCAACGUCUCUCCCUCCUCCCACCACCACGAGCCCAGGAGCUUCUGGCGCUGUUUGUUUUCGGAGCACUUGCAAAAAAAGAAUCAAUAUGCAGUUUCAUAACUAAAAUCAUACCUCUUUUGAGUUAACCAAAUUCAAGCAAGACCAUGUAAAACAGUGCCAGGAUCAUAAAUCUUCAGGGUAGAUUUUACUCCGGUCUGUUGCCAAUUUCAGUGUUGUAAUGAGAUCGAUGAUUCGAGACAUGUCUUUGCGCAGCUUCUUGUUUAAAUUAGAUUCCCAUAAAUUAAAUAGUCUUCAUACGUGAUCAUAAGUGAAAAAACCAUAGACCCUGCUAGAUGUUACUCCUGCCAAACGAGGCUUCUAUUGUAAUCAAUUUGUCUGAUGAAAAUAAAACCUUUUCAAUUUUUGCACCCCGCGUUGGUGCAGAGAUGUCUUUCGUUAUGGUCAGCAAAGUUCAAAAAACGAUAGGACAAAUAAGAAAGACAAAACAAAGCCAGCGUGAUCAAAAUGGGCCACUAGAAACUAAAAAUAGCAAAAAACAGUUGACAAGGAUGCUCUUUUAUACAUAACUCAGUGAGUAAUCGUCUGUAUCAGUACUGCGGCUUUGGCUUUUUGCUAUUUUCCAGUGCGUCUUGCAAAUACUAAUAAAACUGCUACUCUAUCUUAGAAUUGGUUUUGUGCUUCUUUUCAGUUCCCCGUAUAUGCAUGGUGUGUUAAUUUCUAGGGCAGUUCCUUAUGCCUAAUGCCAUGGCCAACUCGCGGAAAGCACCAGAAGCAUAUUGGUCACAGUUCAUUUUUUCCAAUAACAUUAUUAGUGAUUGAAACUUUUCAUUUUUCUCUUCUGGGUAUGUUUUAGGAAGCCGUUAGUUAGACUGUUAAAAAAACGUUAAUAAUAUUAAUGUGAAAUAACAAACGUUCUGAAAUACCAACAUUCCUUUUUCCGUCAACUUCUAGGCGUCCUAGGCUGAAUUACUCUGUUGAUAGAGUAGACAGCUGUUUCGAGAAAGGUUGUCGGAAGAAAUACGCGCGACAAUCCCGAAAGGUAAUAUGGGAUAUGAUCAAUACAUUGUUCGUAACGAUUGAAGCUGUCGAACCUACUUUUGUUGCUUUCCUUUAGUACUCGCAAACAUAUGUCCGUGGCCUCCCGUACUAUUCUUUCAAAUUUCUUUGAAGAAAAGUGCCCAUAAAGCCACCCACAAUACCUUUCGGGAUUGUAGCGUGCACUUUUUCCGACAACCUUUCUCGAAAUAGCUGUAUUCACGCCGCGUAAAUUCUGCUUUGUUACCAUUUACAUAGAUAGAUAUUAAGUAAUAUUAGUAUUGAUGAUUUAUAAACUUAUUGUGCGCAACUUUAAAACAUGAGAAUGAUCAGCUGCUCAUUACAACCGCAAACAUCACAAAAGUCAGCUAAAAGACAGUAAGAAAAAUAUAUGCAUGAAAAGCAAGUAAAAAAAAUCUGUCACCGAUACACAGAUCUAAAAUGAGAAGUCUUCAGAUGCAUCUUAAAAUUAUUCACAUUUGCGAUUGUACGAAGCUCUUUGGGCGCGGAGAGUUCCAGCGUGUGGGUACUGCUAUCAUAAAAGCAGUCACUAACAGAGCAAACAGCUGAACCUCUUCCGAAGAACUUUUACAUGGUGCCGACGAAUAUGCAAAAAGAAAUUUGAAAUGGCUCUGAAAUUUCAAUUUUGCCCACCACUAUAAACGGUCGGUUUAAGAAAUUAAGAGUAGUACAAUCCAACAAUACUCUACUGUUAAAUAAGCGGACGAUUGACCCCGCCCCUUUACGGCGGCUUUCCUAAAAGAAGGCCGCCCAGAUAAGAAGUUAACACCGUUAUUUUCGCGUAAGUAAAAAAGUCUAACGUUUUGAAGGUCUUUUGUACAGUCAAACUCCGGUUUAGGGACACCAGCUUAAUAGGAACACCUCAUUAAUAUGGACAGAUUACUAUGUCCCUGAGCAUAGAAAGCCCUUACAUUUAAAAUCAACCCGCUUAAUACGUACACCUUCCAUGGCCCCCUUAGUGUCCGUAUUGACGGGGUUUUACCGUAUUAGCUGAUUAUUAUCAGACGAGUUCCUUUUUCUUGUUAAUUUUUAAUUUGGAGUUCGAGGUCUUUGAGGUUUUUAAAAGAUGACACAAUGAUAUAAUCGUUCGUCUAUCAUGAUUGUUUAUAUUGAUUAACACCUCAGGUAGAAAAUGUGGCUAUUUAAUUUGACCACAGGUGUUGAUUUCCAGCUUCGCGUAUCGCCAGGUUCCGUUCGUCUAGCCCUCAAACACUUGCGAACUACAAUAACAAUUUAACUUUACUGAUCUUCUACAUGUGCGACUGAAUGAAGAAGGCAGUCAAUACCUGCCCAGCGAGCACAUCAGUUCUCUAAACGUUCGUAAGAAAGUCGCCGCAAAUUUUUAAACACCGUUAAUUAAAGUCUCUGCUUAAAGUUCUUAGAGACUUUUUAAAAAACAUCGUCACUACAGCUGCGCAAGUGCCUAUUAAUGUGUUACUAUCUUACGUCACUCAGACAUGUUUUUAAAAUUUCUUAUCACGUAAAGUCAUCGAAGUUCGAUUGCUCUCACAAGGCCUGGCAGAGGGUUGCAUAACAUCCCUGACUUACCUUCUCCACCUGCCUCCCUUGACUCGCCAUCAAGCAAACCAAGAGUGCGCAAGCUACUCUAACUCUUAUUUUCCAUGAUAGUUUGUCCGAAGUAGUAGAGAUCAUUUGUAGUCAAAGUACUAAAGGCUUCAGUUCCGCUCAUAUUUGUCCGCCAUCAAACUUAAUCUCGGGUAAAACCAUCAGAUUAAGGAAAUCGGCAUGAUUUCAUUAAUGAAAGUCAUUUCUCAUUAAAAAAAACCUUGAAUGAAUGAAUGAAGUCUUCCAAUGCGGACUUCCGCCCUCGCCACCAAAAGAAUAGGAUAUUCUAAACAGCUACCGUCAAAUUUUAACUGAGAGCUACUCUAAUUAGAUUUAAGAAUGCCAUUAGGAGCGCAGGAGAGAAAGGAAGAAAAAAACUUUGGAAAACUUACCGGACUGGUCACAUUACUCCCUGUAAAACACUUUUGUCUCGAGAUUGUUCCCUUUGGACGCACAAGGAGUACUCCGAUGCCCAAGGGUAUUCAGAUUCGUUAGAAGAUGCGUCUUGUAGCGUGUAUAGAUUAUCAUCGCAAUAUACCGGCCUUAUAACACAUCGAUCAACCUUUACCUUGCAUGGCUGGUUACAAGACAGUUAUCAAUCGCAUCCCUAAAUUCAGCAGCAACACUGGCAUCUUACUGUUUGAAAACCAUAUGGGCUCUUUGUGAAGUUGUUGCUUUGAUACAAACAUAAACAAUUCGUUGAUUCUUCGCUUGAAACAGACGUGGCGGAACGCGCGUUUGACUUGAAAAUUAGCAUCACAAUAUUAGAAACCGGAAAUACAGCGGGCAAAGUUUAAACAAUUAUAUAUUUAUAGCAAAGUUGCAUUCUUUAGCCAUUAUUUCCUUCAUAUAAAAAUGACCUAUUCUUUUACUUGAAAAAAAAGUCGUGGAAAAGCACAAUCAAUGUGUCACUGUAAACACCUGUCGCAGGCAAGUUUGUUAAUUUUCGAACUGCGAAAAGACAAUGGUAUUAUUAGCACUUCACAAUAUUUGAUCACUAAAUUACAGCACGACUGUUACAAACACAAAUGAGCUGGAGGUUUCUGAGCUUGUAGUGUGUCGGAUAUUAUUUUACUAUUAUCAUUACUAUUAUCUAGAAGACGUUGCCACUGACAAAGGUUUGUUUUCAAAGAUACGUACUUGCUUUGCAACAACGUGACAAGGCGGCUGUGGCCGUGGCCGGCUAUGAUUAAUACAAUUAUUAAUUCAUUUUAUUUAUCUGUUUGUAAUUCUUUCUUUUUUUGUAUGAAAAUAGUGAUUAGUUCCCAGUGGAGAGAAGAUCAACAACAUGGCCGCCGAGGCGUCACGUGCAAACCAGCGCUACAACUUACUUUAUUUUUCCUCUAAGCCAGGACUUAAGGCCGCAAUCGAACCCCGCCAUUGAACCGUACUCCGUUCUUCAGCAAAGGACAAGGACAGGAAAGAACGAUCUGUGUUAAACGAAGUGCCGAUUCGGUAUGACUGAGGGUCAUUAUUGAAAAGAAUUUUCGAAAGCUUCUGCCGCUCGGAAUAAUUUGCGCAAGUCAAUAGAAACAAAUUACAUGCAGAGAAAAGGAUAAUUGUCAAUUAGGCCCAAUUGUUUUUCUAUCAAUUCAUUGAAAACUCUCUGAAAACAGGUUCAAAGUCCACACUUAACCAGACAGAUUGCUAGCUUCAGUGGUUUGCCUCGAUUUGGUAACACGAAAAGCCAUUCGGUGCACGUGUAGGACUAGGAGGUAUCUAUUUAUAGCAGUACAGGAUAAUAUAGUGUAGAUGCCUCUACCUUAUAUUUUAUAACAAAAACAAAAGAGGAAAACAUUGUUUCAGUAAGUUUCUUUCAAACGUUUCAAUUAAUCACAUUUGCCCUUUAUCAUUCGACAAAACCCUAAAAACGUAUAGCAACUUUUAAGGGAGAUAAGCAUGUGGUUGCUGUGGAAAUGAGUUUCAACUCUCAAAAAUUUGUCAUUUCUAGGGCAGAAUCCCCCAUGUAAUUUUUUAUAAGUUUUUUUUUUACAUUAUGUUAUGAUUGAAAGCCGAACAAUUGAACAUUUUUUCGACAAAGAUUGGUUUCCUGCUAACGGAUGGCGAUAUAGAAAAUAAUCGGCACGCUAAGUCGAAGAUGUUACAGUUAAUGUCUGUAAAUAUUAUUAUCACAUUAAACAUGAAAUAAAUUGAUAAAGGAUUUAGUUUCUACUGAAAACUUCAAUUGUGGCAAGAUAGGAAAAUUUCCAAAACAGAUACUUUUGUGGUAAACUUACGCAAUCGACAGUAAAGAAAUUUUAAACCUGAUGUUUCGACCGCUACAUAUUACACCAAGCUGAGGCUGAAGUUAGAAACAUUUGCGUCAACUUAUGGGCUCCUGUUUGCGUUUAACUCUUAUUUCUUUUUAUCGACCGUUAGCCUGAGAAAUUAGUUUUGGAUUAAAUAGCGAGGAUAACAGGAAAUUUUACUGAACACAGGUGGUCAUAAUUCUUAUUAAUUAUUUGGCUUUUUCAGAAUCGUCAACUUGUUUCCUAACAUCAUGGAAAGAUCAUUCCACUCAAUCCUUUAUCUCUUUUUUAAAUAAUUUAUUUCACUAGUAUCAGCCGAUUAGUAUCAGUGAUUAGCUUUAGAUAAAUAAAUGGCGACUGAAAUGCUCAAGAAAACAUAGAUGAUCGUAAUUCUCAUCAACUAAACAGCUGUUUUUUUAAGAGCGAAUUUUCGGUUUAAGGGUACAUAAAGCUCAAAGAAAACGUCAGCAGAUAAGUCACUGUCAAAUUAGUAUUAAAUACUAGACACAUGGCACACAAACCGGGACACAUAGAUACUCACAAAUCAUCGGUAGUGAAUCCCGUCAGACUCAGCUAGCCGUGUUUCAUCUUUAAAGCCGGUGAUUACUGUGUCGGAUGCAGUAGUUCAACAGUGAUCGACUCUAGGAAAGAUGCAGGUGAUACAAGAUAUUAAUACUAUGUUACAUGAACAGAUCAGUAGACACCUGUCGAUGUCAUUCACUUUAAGUCAGUCGAGUAUACUUUCCUGAUGAUUUGAUUAUGCAAUGCCUUCCGGGGGGUAGGCUAGUCCCCUAUAUAAGCUAUAUACAAGGCAUGUGCCUCCCCAUAGGGGAAUAGAAUUUUGACCAUAUAUUAGUUGUAACGGGGGUGAAGAUUUUGCCCGUCUGAAAUGGUUUUCACUGGUAUUCGAACCACGCAAGCAUAUGAUCGUAUUUGCCGUUUCAGCUUUAAAUGGGUCACAGCAACUUUUAAAUAAUCAUGAUUAAAAAAUGCUUUGACAGUAUGCUGACCGUUUGUUAGCCGAGUGCAACUUUAAGAAGCCAGGUCCGGCUGAAGACACGCAUGGAUUUUAGAGAUAAAGUCGUACCGCUUAAAACGAGCAUGGAACUGAAUGGUACAAGUGAUGUGAUCUGAAAAAAGGUGAAGACCAUUUGAGGAGCCGGGCGGCACACCACCACCAAGAAUUCCUAGGGGUUCUUCCCCCGGGACGGUGCUCACACUUAGAAGUUAUAAACUCAUCAGUUGCUCCCCUCUUACUUUUCGAGAAAAUAAGCGAGUUAGUGUUGAUACACUACAUUUUAAAGUGAGUAAGAAUGCUGGUGAGCCCUGCAAAGGUGAGCUUACAGAGCUUCUGCAGUAUAUUUUUUGGUUCCCUCCCUCACACCGAGAGGUUUUUCUCCGGGUACUCUGUUUUUCCCCUCUCCUCAAAAACCAACACUUUCACAUUCUAAUUCGAUUUGGAACGCACGGACACGUUUAAAGGAAUCCUUAAGAACUCCCACGUGCUUCGUGGGUAAGACGAUUAAAGUUUGCAUCAGUUUCAAAACUACAAACUGUCAGUGAAAAAAAGUAAAUGGAGCAUGAAAAGGAAAACCUUUAAAUAUUUCAGUAAGGAAGUUCAAGUUUUAUCUUGAUCUUCUUUAAUACCCCUCUGUGGCUGGGUCCAAAAAUAGCCAACGUUUAUUUACAGCAACUGUAAAGUGAUAACACGUAAUAUCACAACGAGAAAAAACAAUUAUUUUUAGAUAUAUACUGAGAAUUUUUAACACAUUAUCAAACCAGCUUAAAGGACCGUUUUUCAUUGACAGUUUAAUGCUAUGCCCGAGUAAAAGGAAGUAAACAAGCUUUAACUGACAAACGAAAGGGACUGAAAUUGUGAAUUAAUAAAAUUGGCAAUUUCUAGAAUAGAAUUAGCCUGGAAAAUACAACUAGUAAAUGACUGAGCAUUCUUUUCAAUAAAAAUUGGUUUCUUGGUAACAGAUUGAAACCAAGCAUAAAAGCUGUGUUUCUCUAGAACUGAAUGAGUGCUCGUGGCUAUUAUGUGAAACGCUGUGCUUUUAUGGGUACAUUAACUCAUGACAAAUAUUAUAUAAUUGCACUCAAAGAGAAAAAUACAUUAGAACUGCCAGUAUCAUAUGUGAAAUCAAUAUUCGGCCAUAUGCUCUGUACAUUCCUUUUUUCACUCUUCAGUGCAAACAACUCUGUUUGAAGGGCCUCUGCUCGCAGGGUAUAGUGCCAGACAAGAGGCGGAAAAUUGUUACGAGGGGUACGUGCGUGCGCGUCAACCACUACUUUUUUUAACCGUGUAAAACCGGCUGCGUAAAAAGUAGUUACCUAGUCUAUAGAUCGUUUUCACUGUCACGCAACAAAAAAAUAAAUUGAAAACCGUCCAGUGGAAGAAGCCAAGAAAACGAUAUGUUAUAAAAGACUAAUUUUUAAACAAUCUGUCCAGGUCUCAGGUCUUUUUGGCCCACAGUUUCUGAGUUAUUUGCCGAAACGUUUCACGCAUCUUUGUAGAGCUUUGUAUGGAGACGCCAUAUUGGUGCACAGUUUUGGUGCACCAAUAUGGCCGCCGAAAUCAACAAAAACAUCAGGAGUUCACUUGUUCUAUAAAAGCUCCUUCUUUUCACUCGAGAACUAGCAUACGUACGCAUAAACAUAUCUUCGAAUACUUGAAAUGGUUAUACUGCUGAAAAUCAAGAGGAGAGACUUUUUUCAACGAGACAACAUUCCUAUUUUGGUGUCACGCACUCUGAAAACUCGGAAGUUCAAAUUGCUGUAUUUUCGAAAUGAAACAUACUAUGGGACUGAAAACUUGUACAAAGAUUAACUUUUUGUUUAUCUUCAACCUAGUGUAAAUAAGAAUUCAUAAAACCUCGCUAUUUUGACUUUACAAUUUGAUGACGUCACUGUGAAAACCAUUUAUUGCAACGCAUGCGCAAGGCUAAUCAAACAACCGGAGACAUAGUUACAAUGUUUAAUUGGCCGACUCAAGAGAAAGACGAAUCGAGAAGGGCCUGAGAUACCGUGAGAUUAUUAUUUUUUCAACGUUAAAAAACGUGAAUAUUUACUUUUUAAAAGCAGAAUUUGAGUAUUUACUGAAUGUUUAAUUGCCCGUGUUACACUAGUAAGAGCUUUUCAGUGUUCUCCUGUUUGAGGUUCCCCCUGACUCAGGCCCUGUCAGAGCGCACGUUGUUAAAACUCUAGCUGUAUUUCCGGGGGGCGGUCAAGUGCUAUGAAACUCACAGUCUAUAAAUUUACACUGUUUAGUACUAGGGAAUAUAUGGUUGUUCUCAUAGUUACAUCGAUAUAUAAUGACGGAUGGCAUUCUACACUUGAAUUGCACGUGAUAAACGGUUACUAGAAAAGAGGUGCGUUGCUGAGUAGCUAUUCAAUUUGGAUGGACACAAGCUGUUACAUAUAAAAAAGGCGAGAAUGAUAGUGUGACCAGCAGUAUAAGCUGUAAUGAAAAGGUAAUUUUUUUUUUUUUUUUUUUCACCAAAGAACCAUAAUAACAACACAGUAACAAACUUAAAAUACGUUAAAGGAAAAACACUAACAUAAAAGGAAUCCUCUUAAGAAAACGAAAGAAUCGUUGGUGACGUCGGUUGUUCAGAAAUAGGAACUUACGAAUUCAUUUAAAAAGAAUCGCAGUGGAUCGCCGAUAAGUCACACUCGCUUGGCAUGGUUGCUACCAACAAAGUGACUAGGGAAACUAGGUCAAGAUAAACAUCCUGUGUACAUUAGCUGAAAAGUUUCAUAGCGCCAUUUGGCAUUGGGGUUUUGGCGUCAUAUGGAUUAUUUGCAAAUAAUAUUAGGAUAAUAAUUAUUAAUAAGUAGUCUAUUUUACUACGGUAUGUGUGGUUAUGGCAAAUAUUGGUCCUGGUGACAUUAACACACAACGUGGAAAUUCUCACAACACGAGGCCCUCGGAAAUGAAGAAUUUCCGAUGACUCUGAGUCUUUGUGAUUGUUACAGAGUUUUUAAAUUAAAACCAAAAGAGAUUAUUCUCCCUUGAUUAGACUAUUUUCGCUGCGUAAUUGUUUAGAGAGUUCAACAAACCUAUAAUUCUCCAAUAGAAUCUCUAAACCUUUUUCGCGGAGGACAGAAGAAAAUGCAUCAAAAUCAGUGUAUAAAUCCCACCACUGUUUUGUCUCUGUUGUCGAAUUGUUUAGUUCCGUUCUCGUUGAGGUUGUCUCUGCGUGGGGAGACUUCACUCUCUAAGUUAAUUAUUGAGAGAAACAUUACGUGAAUCUAUGGACAAAACCCUACAGUGAAAUGAAGAUUUUUAGGCGGCACUGUCUUAACACUUCGGUUCGUUAUUGAGGACUUCAAUCCUGAUCGGCUAGGUACUAUUAUUAUGGACGGAAAAUAUGAACUGUAAACCAAAGUGAUAGUCAGGGGAUGGGAAAUGUUUUUAGUUCUGAGCCCGUGGAGCGUGUUAUCCCCGGAGAAUGAAACUGUUGUUCGGUGACUAUGUCGUGUAGGAAAGUAAAAGAAAUGACAGAGAAUACUCACUAAACAUGGAUCAUUCAGUGAUGGCGACCGGGGCAGUGUCUCAGUUCCCAUCAACCAGUUGGCUUAUUGUAUCAGCAAAUUAAAUCGUUUAAAUUCAUUCAAUAAUGAUUAAAAACGGAAGGGGGUGAUGUGUUACAUAACGAGUGACACGGCGUCACAGUAAUGAGGAAGUUAAUGCUAAUCAAUGUUUUUGCUGUUCAUGUGAUCUUCUUGUGAUUCGUUCAAGGUCCUAUAAACAUGAUGCAAUACCGACCAACAACAAAUUGAUAUGAGUGCAUGACAAAUGUUAAGUUUCUUUCUGUCUCGAGUGAUCUAUUUUUAACUUGGCUGGCCGUGAUGUCAAAUAUUCUGCUUUGAAUCAGUACUAUUCGAACGUAAUAGGCUAUUAAACAUUUUAUAGUGGGGUUCAUGUUUUAAGACUAAUUUCCCGUAAGCCUCGCUAGACAACAAAAAAACAUCCAAUGUGAAAUGGCGUAAUUAAAUUUCCGGCUACAAAUGGUGGAAAAAUUAUUUACAACAAUCAGCAGUCUGUAGUGACCAAACCAAAAUACCACCUUCACCAACCUAGUCGCUUGCGCAUCUCCCCCCCUUCCCCGUUCGCUUCCCCCUUCAAAUAUUUCAUGGUCCACGCCCAAAAGAUACUCUCUAGUUCCUCGGUAUUUGAAGUAGAAAUUUUUCCGUAAAUAAAACACCUUGCUUUUCUUAGUGAUCUAAAUUAGUUUUGACAACUAUUUCGAUCCGAAUUAAACUGAAAGCUAAUAUUGGCCACUUAGAAACCGGAAUAGGACUAAAAAUGGAUCUAAAAUGCCGCGGAAAACUCUUAUUAAUAUAAGUAAUAUAUUGUGCAAGAGUUUGCAUCCAUUUAGAGAAUAUUAUACUGAUUACAAACUGAAUGCUGCUGACACAUAAUAUUCCGAUUAUAUAACAUUAAUCGUAGACGUCAGGUUAAUCGAUAUGAUACAAGGUAUGUAAUGGUCUACGUACGACUCUCUGAGAUACGAUCGGCGUAACGUAACACAUCUCAGACAUAUAUAAAAAACAAUAGACCUCUUUAGCUUGUAUGUUUUGUUUUCCCAAUAGAGGUCCCAGGGAAACUUGACCCUUUGUCUUUUCAUUUAAAUCAUGCGUAGAUAUGCACGUGAAUAAAUCGAAAUUUGAAAGAAACAGUUCUCUACUAAAGUAUUAUCACUUGACUUGUAUUGGGAAAACAAAACAGCUAAAGAGGUCCAUUGGCCUCGGUGUCCACUAUUGUAUACGGCCGGCUGGUCACGACCGGCAAGAAUCCGGUCCGAUUGUUGAGCCUGAUUCUACUUUCAUAGAUUGUUGAGAUGACACGUGCGCAGUGUAACGUAUUUUUAAUGCGCUUUUAAACAUAUUAGCGCAUUCAUGUUUACUUAGUAUUUAAUUUGUUGAGGGAGGGUUGUGACUGUUUGAACCGGAUCGUGUUAAUUUGUUCUGCCAACGGUGUUGUGAUUGUUUGAUGGAUAUUUUUUGAGAUAUAUCAAGUCCUAUCCGCACAGCUGGGGGUUGGCUUCGAAAACUUAAUUAAAGUUUAUACCCCAAUUACCAACACUUUCCCUUUUUAGCUUAUUGUCCUUCCUAUGUUUGCUUACACUUGUAAAACAAAAAACAAAAGAAAACAAAAGUGUUGAUACCAAAGGCUAAUGAGCCUGGUUAGCUUGUUUCUUUUGUUUUCUAAAGUAUUUCAUGCCGGGGGGUGUACUGCCAUAUAUGGGCUAUAUAGGUAUGUGCCGCUGUGAAGGGUAUGGUUUUCAAGCAGUUUACUCUAGGAUAGGGUAUAUAAAACAGAACGUUUGGGUCUAGAAUAGGGUAUCAUUUUUCAGGAAACUGAUCAGUUGGUUGAAGGUUUUAUCUAGACUAGGGAAACAGCUACUCUAGGAUAGGGGGAUUUGGGGAGUUUAGUCUAGUAUAGGAUAGCAAAAUUCAGCUGAACUAGCUCUGGUAUAGGUUAAGGGUUCCAAGGUCCCAGCGGCACAUCCUCACCCAGAAAUUCCCAAAGUACCCCCCCGGGAUUUCAUGUUAUGUUCCCAAGACACCCCGUCUCUCAAGGGAUUAUUGACUUGUCUUGUCAAAAAUUUAUGAGCAUCUAUGCACGAGAAUAAGACGAAAUUCGAAAGAGACAGUAGGCGCUUUUCAUUCAUAGGGUAAACCAGUCAGAUCACGGUUUAGGCAAAUGAUCGGUAAAAUUCGGUACCGGACCGGUAAAUUUCAUUCCGAAAUCUCGAUAACUCGGUCUGCAUCAAUCAGUUCAUUUACCGAAAAAAAGACCAAGUCUGUAACUGGUAUCAAAGAUGGGUUUAAACAACUGGAACAUGACUUUAAGUUUGAAACAUUCCGUCCUGAAAAACAGGACUACCAUUUCAGACAUUCUGUUGCUCCGGAUAUCUUUUCAUUCCACUGGAAAGGCUCGAAAACCCUGCUCCAUUUGCACCCAAACCGGAAUUUCCGAAAUUUGUUGGUAAAUGGAAAGCGCCCAGUAUUUCUAGACUACAAGCAGCCUCUCUUUUUUCUUAUUAGACUCCGUCGAGCGAAACGCACAAGACAAGAAAAUGAGCACCGGCAAAAGAGUUUUGUUCGGGCUGCCGCCCUCGUUUCUUAGACACUGCUUGCAGUCCAAGUAUUAUAAAAAGACACAAAACAAUAAGUAAAUAAAUAAAUAAAUAAAUAAAUAACAGCCUUAUCCAAUUCGACUUUCAGCACAGUGAACAGUGAAUAAGGGGAGGGGGUAAUCAAGACCCUGAGAUAACGGGGGGGCGGCCUCAAAAAAAAUUUUUUUUGUUCGGCCUUUCGGGCCUCAUUUUGGUCUAAAAAUGAGGGGGGGGGGCCGGGCCCCCCGGGCCUCUCCCCUGGAUCAGCCAUUGGACCUAGCGCCUCCAGUUUGUCGUCCGCUUUGGUGGUUUUGGGUCCACAUGGUCCUAUGCAUAUUAUUCUUCCUGGACUCUGAUACCCAUUAAGAUUUCCAUUAAAGCUAUUAAAAUGGUAAUAAGCAAAAUCAACGAGGAGAGAGUUUUCCACUGGUUUCUCAUUUAGCAAAUUUUGACCAAUGCUGACAGAGUCAUAAACAAAAAACAAGCAACAAUUGGGGAAAAAAUACACUACCAAUUUUGCUAUUUACCUACUACUCUUAAGUUUACAGAUUAAAUUUCUUCCAAAAAUUCAUGCGAAAGAAAGACGGUAAAGUGGGCAACAAAACUGUGAGAAAAAAAAUCCAAAUAGAAUCGCAAAAAAAAAACAAACAAACAAAUCCAAAUUUUGUCUUAUGCAAAUGUGCGAAGAACAAAAAGCUGCUUAAUUACAUCCAAUUAGAAGAAAAAGGGUUUAAAAAGAAGGAUUUGGUCCAAAAUGCGGUUUUUCCUCUAUGAUUGGCUGACGGCAAAGGACUGGUAUUAAAUAUUAACAGGCCAUUUGCACAAUAGCGUCAUUGCACUUCUUCCACCAGAAUCCAUUUCGUUUUUCAGCCUUUCGUUCUUGAAUUCGAUAAUACCAACAAGGUUUAAAUAACAAUGGCCGCGCACAAGAAAGUAAAACCCGGCCGGAAGGAAUUUUGGUAGUAGUAGUCAAAAGCCGUCAUCGUACAGACCAUCUCACAUCUCAUUUCUGCAAUGUUUAAAAUUAGUUUACUUUCUUAAUUAAUUCCAAUUUGGCUUUUCUCUUUAAUAUAUUUUUCUAUAACAACGUUAUAGCAAUUAAGGGUAUCUAGCAUAAUAUUCACAGCUUGGAUCGCGCAACACUUAGAAUGAUGCAGGUAGAUUCCGACUUCCCUUCAACUGAAAAGCCUUGGAAGUUGCUUUCGACAUUGUUCUGUUUACAGGUAUGGGUAUAUGCGCGCAAACUGUGUACACAACAGAUCAAAACAAACCUGAUAGCGCAGGACCCUGAACUCGCUGGAGCGCACGACUAGCUAGUGUCGGUGCUUGAGCUGUAAACGAUGGAUUCGAGGGCGAAUAUGCGCCGGAUAAUCGUGCGGUAAAUGAAAGGGAAAAAUGCUCUACUUUUCCCGGUGGAUCGUUGCCUUGCAUUACACAAAUAAUAAUGUAAGUUCGGAAGAUAUAAUUUCCCUGCGCAUUGUAUAUACUAUGAAAAUUGUUCUUUUCAGUGGUUCACAUGAAAAUAUUGCAAGCUUUCAUGAGUCUAUGCUUAGGCUCAAGUAAGAGCCGUUGAAAGAAGGUCUCCUAUUGGUUUGAUUAACCGAUAGCUGAGAACUAGUCGAGAUUUUCGUCGAGAUUUUAAUCAAAGUAAGCUAAAACACGAAGCGUCUUACAAUCUGUCAUCCAAAGAUGUUACUGAAAGCUGAGAAAACUGUCAUUAGGGGCAUUCACCUUCUUAGUAUUCGCCGAACUGAGAUUAGAGCAUCCCCCCCCCCGCCCCCGGCCACCACCCUAUGCAUGUAUGUCCUGGCAACAAAAUGUGUACCAGAAACAUGCAUAAAUAUAUUCCUUUGACAUUGAAUCAAAUCCUCGCGGGUAUAUUAUGGCUUGCUAAUGUUAUGUUUUACACAGCUGCAAAUAGCUAAUCAAAACCUAAAUUAAAAUCCUAACCGAUCAGCCUUAGACUACAAGUAUUAAAUGAGAAUAGCGAGGAAGAUAAAACUGGGAUGCCAGCGCCCAUAUUAAUAGGGAGCUUUAGCAUCUACGACGGCAACGGCAGCGAAAACGUCAGUUUUAAAAUGAAUUCCCGUUUUUUCAAUCUUUGUCGCGUUUAUUCCAAUUUGCUGAAAAUGGCAAGUGUAGGCAAAUUUCCCUGGAGUUGAUUUCUUUAGGACCGCACCCAAGUUUAGAGAGAGAAAAAGAGAUUCAUCGUCGCUUGUUUACGUCCUCCAUAAAACUUGUAAUUAGGCAUUUUCACGCCGUAGUCGUGCAAGGACGGUAAAGAAAUGUACAAAAAAGCGUGAUGCACGUGCAAAGUUGUUGUUUUGCGUAAUAAACCUUUUUUUACGUCUUGGUUGCCGUCGCCGUCGUCGUUGCUAAAGUUCCCUAACGCAAGGAGUGUCUUGCAAACAACCUCGUUCCCAGGUUCUCUCUCGUACCGUAGGGACGGGUAGGAGAGAACCCUGGGAAUCAAGUUGCCCUGCAAAUUCCGGUAUUUAGCCGAGCUACAUAUCUAUUCGCGAUGUAAGUGGGACUGACUCUUCAGUGGUAAACAACAGAACAAAGUUAAGCGUCCCUUUGUUGACAAAACAAAAGGUUAAAAAGACCCUACGACAACAACAACUUUAAAAUGUAGAUAACCGAUAACCAAUACCACAAAAUAAUUACAUUUGGCUUUGCAGCAUUUAAAGUUAUGUUCAGUAGUGAUUAUAAAGUAAUGAUUAAGAAAAAGUAGUGUGCAAUGUGAACUGGCAGGGGAGAGCUCUAGCUGUGGCGUAGGAUGGAGUUAAUAGUGAGAAAACUAGUCAAACUAGUUUUGAGAGUAUAUUUUACCUUGGUAUUAUUGUAUCUCUUACACUCAUACUCGGCUGAUUGAAUAUCAGUAAUACUAUUUACAAUUGAGACUCAGGUUCCAUGCCAGUUUAGUGCUCGCGCAUGUACAGUUCAUGUCAGGCCAAACGUAUGGUCCCUGUGCUUCCUCUUGGUCCUCCCCAAUCGUCUUCGAAACGCAAUCAAGGGGACACCCGUAAGCCACAGUUGACUUACAAACGAGGGAGUAAGUUUUUAUCCGAGUGUUGAGAAGAACUAGGAGAUAAUGCAAACGUCUUCUGGGGACGUCUGCAAUCCGUACGCAAGUCUACAAAGAGGCGAGUCAAAUCUUUAAAAACUAUUUUUUUCCAAAUGUUAUAAAUGGGUCACAAGGUACGUAGUUACGCAUCUAAAUUUGACACUAAUUGCCUCUUUUCGUUUUGCAAAUCUCGUCCUUUUUCAACUGUUUUUAAUCGGGGAUUCUCUUUUCUCUUUGAAUCCUUUCCUUCCUGUGCCUUGUGGUUUAAUUAAGCAACGGUGCAACUGGAUUUCGCUUCAAGUUUCCGUGUUUGUUAUCUAGCUCAUAGCGUGCAAUAUUUUUAUAAGCCCCUGAAUGUGUUUGUGAUGAUUUUUCGUCUGUUAAGCCUUUAAGUAGGUAAAUAAUCUUCAUACUUUGCUCCUCAAGAAAACUGCAUGUGAUUAUUUAUUUUUCUAAGCAUAAGAUCAUGAACGACUGACUAAAGUGGCAAAACCAAAAAGAAAUUUGCUUCUUUAGGGGGGGGGGGGGGGGGUCUGUUCCGCCAAACCACUAAAGAACUAAAACUCCAUAAGGUGCACACACCGCCCCUUUGACACGGGAAUCAACCUUCCCCCCCCCUCCCCAGGAGGAAGCUAGUGCCAUUAAAUCGAUGACCCUGAUUCCAAGGGUUAAUUUUUAGAGGUACUUAGAAGGACAAGUGAGCGAAGAAUACCUGAGUCAACAAAGCAAAAUCACGAACAGUUGUAAAAUCCCAAAACGGCAAUUUCAUGGCACCAAAAGCUUUGAUAAUUUACCGAGAAAAAUGAAGGGAGCUUUUCUACAAAUACAAAAUGUGAUAUCAUUAAUCUUCAAGCCUGAUUAUGGGUCUCAUUUAGAGCGGAUACACCCCCAACUAAUUUUUUGUCGAGUGAAUAAACUUUUAACGGAACCAAAUAACACGCUUAGCUUCCCACGAAUUAUCGUAAAAUUCUAAGUAAAAAUCCGAUAAAAGUCCCGGGGUUUACAAUUUUCGAAGACCUACUUUAAAUGGCUUAUAUUCGGAUGGGUUUAUCAUUGAAGAGAAAUUACUCUCUCAUAAACGGUUAGGGUAACAACUGGAAGGAAUUAAAUUCGUGCCCGAAAAUUUUCAUUGUGCUUAAGAUGUACAUAGAAUAUUGUGGUGUUGACAUCAAACACGACAACCACUAUCUGCAUGGGAAAUUAAUUGACUCUUAAAAAUCCCACAUGUUGUCUUACAAUAACAGUCAACUAUCAAUGUCAAAAGAUGCUUCUUUUUGCCUUGAAAGCCAGAUCCUGUUGCUAAAUUUCGAACAAAAGCAUAACCUGGACACGCAAACUUUACUUUCAAGAAAGCUAAAGCUUAAGUUGCCAGAAAUCAUAUAUUUUUGUUUCAACUGACUAAAAGUAUCAAGAAAUGAUCGAAAAUGAGUCAUUUUGAAAAAUUCUUGAAUCAUUACAGACAAAAUGAAACUAUAUUGGUCACAACUUAAGGGGAACUGAAUGACAACUGUUAAGUAGGUAAUACAAGAGCACACCUUUAGGUUAUAAAUGAGUACUUACUUAAACUUACAUCUUUAAGCUUGCGAGUUUACAGCCAACAAAAAUUAACGAAUUUGCAAAACACUCCCAAAUAUCGAUUACAUUACACAAGGUCGAAUUUUCAUGACCGGACAGGACUUUCUGCAUGAUUUUGAGACAUUCCGUGUGCAAUACAGUUGUCACACCACAAAUUCAUUCUGCCCUUAACUUUCUCGCAGGAAAGAUUAGGAAUGGUGUUCACGUAUAGUCAUUACCUGUAAAGGACUGGGAAAGUCUACCGAAUUUUAAAUCAAAGCGCUAAAAUCAGCGAUUGUAAUUUUCUCCGUUUUGACGUUCGUUAGUAGUUCAAUGACGCUCAAUGUUGGAAAAACAUUAUUUCCUGCUUCAUAAUAUUUUCAGGUCACGAGCAGAAGUUGUUAAAAAUGUACCUUCCUUCUCGUUACUCCACUUUGGGCCUCGCUUGCCACUCCUCGCCAUUCAAUUACGACGAUUCGACAAGAAGCAAUUCAAACUUUCAAAAUAAUGGUAAGGUUAUGUCAUGCUCACAGCUUACCCUUAAAGGGCUACCCGUAAAAUCCCACUUUAAAGCCUCGCGCUUAUAUAACAUCAUAAGGGGUUUUGGUCAACAUCUAUAAAACAAAUUUUGAUGUUUGUAAAGAAACGCUAAAGGAACACACUGAUACAUUAGAUGGGCUUAUAAACGGGGGGUCUUAUAUCCGGGAUAAUAUUUUCGUUAGCAAAUGGAUAGGCUUAUAUCCGGGGGGGGGGGAAGCUUUAAAGUGGGACUUUUACGGUAGCAUGUCACAAGGAUAUUGCUGUUUAAGGUCAAUUCUGUGCUGAAGGCAUUGCUUAGUGCCUUCAGUCAUGCACUGUAUGCUUCUGUAAAGUUAUAAAGAAGACGUCACAAACAAAUUUCAUCAGGGAGCACUAACCAUAAUACUUUUUUGGUGAUUUUUGCAGCCAUAGCAUUAAAACGUGAAAAAAAAUAGCCAUCCUUUCAAUAUGUUAAUGCAACGGACGACAGUAAACUCCUAAAUAUAGACUAGUAAAUAACAAAACUGGACCAUUAUUAUAUUUGGAAUGCAAAGACAAGUUUUAGCUUUUUUAAAAGACAACAAAUAGCGUGACUGACAUUAGACGUAAGGAAAAAAAAUAAACGCGUCGUCAGAUCAGUUUUACACCUUGCUAGUAUACCUUUCUUUUUUCUAGAUUCAAACUAUUUCCCGUGCAGAACGGAAGGUCUUCCACCUCCUCCAAUUCUGAGGCCUGGCCGUGCAUUGCAUAACACAUCUACCUCAUUUAUGAAAGGAGCAUCACAAGCGCGGUUCUUGAUCCCUCUAUACAAUCAAAGCUACGGCGCAUGCACGCACAUUACUCAUCGCGACAAUGGGCGAUAUGCGGAACCCAUGUUUUCGCCGACCGAAGGCAUGAAUGUGAGUUACGGUAACCUGUGUGCAUGCCAAGCUAAUUUUUGCUGCUGUUACAAAAUGAUCUGUAGCCAGGGGGGUAAUCAGUCCCUUCUAAAUUCAUCAAGGCAAACAGAGGAGCCUAGUACCUAUCACGAAGAACUGACUGAAUUGCAAAGGCGUCAUUGCAUGGAACAAAUCUCAAUGCAAUGCCAUUUUCCACCACCUACAGAGGGCCUUUCACCCCAUCAUAAUAAUACGAUGUUUAAACAAGGACAAUCUAGAAGUACAGAACUAAUUCAACUAAACCCAGGAGUAUUUCCUCUUGCCACAACACAAGUUAAUGGUGACAUUGGCGAUGAUGCAUUUGGAACCCAUUCUCAUGGACAAAGCAAACUUCAAGCUUUGAAGGAUGACCAUGAGAACGCUAAAGAUAAAACAAAGCCGAAAAAAAGAAGAAAGAAAAGUAUCAGAAAACGAAUAACGCUGUCUGAAACAAUUAAUCCAGAGACUAAUAAAAGGCUUAAAAGGAUGUUUCUUCAGAGCCAAAAAGUUAGGACAGUGUGGAUUAAUGCUCAAACAUCACUGCUACAGGGAUUCUUGAGUCAACAACAGCACGACCAGGCUGAACCAUCGUCUGGCAGCGGAUCUAAAAACAUGAGAGCCAACAAAUUUAAGGAUGACGGAUCGAUUGAUUCAGAUGUCCAGUUUAUUUGUUCUACCUCUAAGAGUGAGGAAACCUGCAGUGAUAAUACGCCUCCAACUACAAAUUUCAACCCAGACAGUGAGAACUUCCUACCUCAACUUCCGCCAGACAUGGACGGGAUCUAUGAAGAGCAGGCGACACCGAUGUUUGACAGCGCAUUUCCAGAUAUCAUAACCCAAGAACCUAGGGAUGUCGAACUAAAUGAUUCAGCGACUUUCCCUCACUCUACAUCUUUGAGUCACGAAACUUGCAGUAAUAACACGCCUGUCACGACAAGUUUCAGCCAAGACGGAGAAAGUUUCCUGGCUGGGGCACUUCCGUUGGAACGAAACGUUUCAAAUAAAACAAUAUAUGAAGAGGACAUAACAUUCAAUGAUUGUGGUGGCUACACUUUCGACUACGGCGAUCUUCCUAAAAUCGUGGCGGUGCACACAAUAGAAGAUAUAGGAAGGCAAUCAUGGUGGAAAGAGUUGGGCCAAGCCGAAAAACUUUCUUCAACUGAGAACAUACAGCUGAAUGAAAUGUUAGGUGGUACGUCAAGCAAUGAUGGGGGAUCUAACGAAGAGUGCUUUAACAAUUCAGGUCUUCGACAAAACGCACCAGGAAAUUACCAGGUCGAGUCCUCCGAGCAAACAGCAAUCCACUCAUCCACUGUCCAGCCUAGACAGAGUCUACACAUAUCUAAGCCAGAAGAGCUUGUCAAUAGGGAUUCCCGUGAGCUUAACAAUCACGUCGGCAGCAAUGUUUUGGUCCAAAGGGAAUAUGCAGACCAAAAUGAAGACCUUUCCAGACAGAGACUGGCAGUUGGAGAAUUUCUCCCGUCAUCUGUUUGCCAUGAGAAUAAAUCUACAGGCCUAUCGAACGUGGAUGAUCCCAAUGAAAUACGCCGCAGAAUUGAAAUUAUUGCUGAGAGAAUUAUGAGAGAGAUAACUCCUUAUAAAAAGGACAUUCUCUGCAAUGUGAAGAGAUUGUUGAUCAAACGGCUUUCGAAGCUGGAAAAGACGUCCAGAAGAGAUGAAUAUUAUUAA